CCGUUAAUCCAAUUUUUCAACAUUCAUCAUCUCAAUCCAAAAGAGGAAAAAAUAAAAUUUUAAAAACCUGAGAAAUAGCAUGCAAGGAAGUUCGUAGAUGAUGAAUCAAACGGCGGAGGAAGACAAAUCAGAUGAUUUAUCAAUCAUCAACCGAAGAAUCGAACGGCUGAGAUUGCAUCUUGACCCAAUCAUCAACAAGAAUGAAAUUACACCAGUAUUAUCAAUGGAGGUGAAAAGAUGCAGGGGAGGAGGAGAGAAAGAAAAAGGAAAGAAGGCAGCCAUGGAAGUAAACACGGAAGCUUUAUCAGAUUAUAUGAGAGGGGAAUACAGAGAUGUUCAAGAAAAAGUAUACGAGUAUUUUAAAGGAAAGCCUGAACUUCAAACCCCAAUUGAAAUCUCAAAAGAUGAUCAUAGAGAAUUGUGUUUGAGACAACUUGUGGGUUUGGUUAGAGAAGCUGGAAUUCGGCCUUUUCGAUAUGUUGUUGAUGAACCUGCUAAGUAUUUUGCUAUUCUUGAAGCUGUUGGUGGUAUUGAUAUGUCUCUUGGGAUUAAAAUGGGUGUUCAAUACAGUUUAUGGGGAGGUUCAGUGCUGAAUCUGGGUACUAAAAAGCAUAAAGAUAAAUACUUUGAAGGGAUUGACAACCUUGAUUAUAUGGGUUGUUUUGCAAUGACAGAACUUCAUCAUGGAUCAAAUGUCCAGGGCCUCCAAACUGUUGCAAUAUUUGAUCCCAUCACAGACGAAUUCAUCAUAGACACGCCAAAUGACGGGGCAAUUAAAUGGUGGAUUGGGAAUGCAGCUGUUCAUGGAAAGUUUGCUACAGUUUUUGCAAAGUUAAUGUUACCAUCUCAUGAUGCAAAAGGUGUAACUGAUAUGGGUGUCCAUGCUUUCAUUGUCCCUAUUAGGGAUUUAAGGUCCCACGAGACACUCCCGGGAAUUGAAAUACAUGAUUGUGGUCACAAAGUUGGCCUGAACGGAGUGGAUAACGGAGCUCUACGAUUCAAGUCUGUCAGAAUCCCACGAGAAAACCUGUUAAACCGUUUUGGAGAUGUUUCCCGUGAUGGAAAGUAUACAAGCAGUCUUCCCACCAUUAACAAACGAUUCGCAGCCACACUAGGAGAACUUGUAGGAGGAAGAGUUGGACUUGCUUAUUCAUCAGUUGGUGUGCUUAAGAUUGCUUCUACUAUAGCUAUUAGAUACUCUCUUCUAAGACAACAGUUUGGACCUCCAAAACAACCGGAAGUUAGUAUUCUUGAUUAUCAAUCUCAGCAGCAUAAGCUGAUGCCUAUGCUGGCAUCAACUUAUGCAUUCCACUUUGCAACACUGGAUUUGGUUGACAAGUAUUCCGAGAUGAAGAAGACUCACGAUGAUGAGCUCGUGGGUGAGGUUCAUGCUCUUUCAGCUGGGCUAAAGUCGUAUGUUACGUCAUUUACAGCAAAGUCGAUAAGUAUCUGUAGGGAAGCCUGUGGAGGUCAUGGUUAUGCUGCUGUCAACAGGUUUGGAAGCUUAAGGAAUGAUCAUGAUAUAUUUCAGACUUUUGAAGGUGAUAACACGGUGCUUCUGCAACAGGUUGCAGGGGAUCUUUUGAAAAGGUACCAGGAGAAGUUCAGAGGGGGUGCUAUUGCAGGGACGUGGAACUACUUGACGGAGUCAAUGAAUGCAUAUCUCUCUGCUCCAAAUCCCGUGACUGCUCGUUGGGAAGGUGAAGAGCACCUUAGAGAUCCACAAUUUCAGCUGGACGCUUUCAGGUACCGAACAUCAAGGCUUCUUCAUAGUGCUGCAUUGCGUCUCCGCAAACACUCCAAUUCUUUGGGUAGUUUUGGUGCUUGGAAUAGGUGCUUGAAUCACCUUCUUACACUAGCAGAAUCUCACAUUGAAUCUGUCAUUCUUGCCAAAUUCAUUGAUGCUGUAAAAAGCUGCCCUGAUGAGAGCAGCCGUGCUGCUUUAAAACUUGUAUGUGAUCUGUAUGCAUUGGACCGCAUCUGGAAUGACAUAGGAACAUACCGCAAUGUGGAUUACGUAGCUCCCAACAAAGCUAAGGCUAUCCAUAAGCUGGUAGACUAUCUUAGCUUUCAGGUAAGGAAUAUAGCAAAGGAACUAGUUGAUGCAUUUGACCUUCCAGACGAUGUUACUCGUGCCCCCAUAGCAAUGCAAAAGGAAGCUUAUACACAGUACACACAAUAUGUUGGAUUCUAGAUCUGGAAACAGGGAUUGACACCCAGAAAGCAGAACAAGCAUGUAUGAGAAUUAGUUGGAUGAUCAGUAUCUGUAUAUUUUUCCUGUCAAAUCUUUUUUCAUCCGUUUUUUUGGGUGAGUGGAGGUUGAAGUAGAGUCCCUGUGGACUGUGGCUGUAGAAAUCACCCUAGCUGUUUGAGUUGGUGCAAAUGUGUCUUAAUUGUCUGCUCAAGCUGUCUGCACUCUGUACACAUAGGUAUACCCGAGGGAGCAAAUUGUAUUAGUAGUUGCUAAUUAGCGCGAUCAUGCAUGUGUUCUGUUACACGUGAAUGUUGGUUAUUCUUUUGGUCCGAACAGUUGUAAAAAAAUUCAUUAGUUUCUUCAGAAACAUUUCAGGCAA